AUGACGAAGCUGCCGCAGAGCUGUGCUCAGUGGAGGCUCAUCGACAUUGGUUUGAACCUCACAGAUCACAUGUACAAGGGGGUGUACAAUGGACGCCAACAGCACACCUCAGAUAUCGAGUCGAUACUGCAGCGCGCUGUGGAGGUUGGCGUGCACGGUCUCCUCUUAACAGGUGGCAACUUGAAGGAGAGCAAGGCUGUGAUCGACAUGUGCGCCAGCUAUACCUCCGACACGCUGCAGUGUUUCUGCACAGUCGGUUGUCACCCGACGCGGUGCCAAGAGUUUGUCGACGAUCCAGACGGUUACCUUAAGGCCCUUGAUGACCUCAUCUGCAAGCACUCCGUCCAUGUCGGCGGCUGCAUCGCGGCGGUGGGGGAGAUUGGUCUUGACUACGACCGUCUGUCCUUCUGCCCGAAGAAAAUUCAGAAGGAGUACUUCGAAAAGCAACUCGUGAUGGCGAAGCGGCAUCGCCUGCCACUGUUCCUCCACGAACGCAACACAGGCGGUGACUUCAAGACACUGCUCGAGCCGCAUCUUCCCGAGCUCGCUGGUGGCGUCGUUCAUAGCUUCACCGGCAGCCGGGCGGAGCUGCAGGAGUACCUGGAUGCCAACCUGUACAUUGGCGUGAACGGGUGUAGUCUCAAGACGGCGGAGAACCUCGAGACGGUCAGGGCGAUUCCACUCGAUCGACUGAUGCUGGAAACCGACGCACCGUGGUGCGAGCUCAAGGGCACACACGCUUCGAAAGCACUCUUGACGGCUGCGGCGACGCGCGCCUCUUCGCAGCAGAGCGUGUCAGAAGCCAUCCUCACCGCGUUUUCGACGUGCCGCAAGGACAAGUUUAAAGAAGGGUGUGUCGUGAAGGGGCGCAAUGAACCGUGCGCGAUUGUGCAGGUACUCGAGGUAGUGUACGAGCUGCACCGCGAGGAGGUGUCCUCUAUGGAGCAGCUGGCUGAGGUGGUUCUGGCGACCACGCGAAAGCUGUUCCCCUUUGCGGCAUCUGUGGUGUGA